CCCUGCCCGGCGGCGGCGGCGGUCGGCCGGGCCCACGGCAGCCCGGCAUCGCGGCGGGCGCCUGCGCGCGGGGAGCGCGGGAGGCCCCCGGGCGGUGCCGCCCGCCCCGGAUCGGACGGUUGUCCGGCGGCGGGGCGGGCGGCGAUGCGGCUGCAGUGCGAGGUGGAGGUGGUCAGCCGGCUCCUGCCCACCUGCGGGCUGCGGGGCCGCGGCCGCGGCACCAGGGCCCUCCUCUCGCUGGGCCGCCCGCCCGGACGGGCCCGGGGCGGCGGGGUUUACCUCAUGGUGUGCACGGCGAGGGACCGGGUCGGUACUCGCUACAAGGUGCAGGAGAACAUCGAGCGGUUCUUCACCCGGUUCGUGGAGGAGGGCAAGGCCACCGUGCGCCUCCGGGAGCCCGCCGUGGACGUCUGCCUCAGCAAGGCAAAUGCCAGCAAUUUAAAGAAUUUCCUUUCAGCUGUGAGACUGGCUCACCAAGGGACUGACAUAGGAGCUCUCCCGCUCUCUGCUUUGGUACCAGCAAAGACGUCAGAAGUUGAAAAACCUAAGACCAAAAUGAUCAUAACUUCCAGAAGGGACUACCCUCUCACCAAAAACUUUCCUUACUCCCUUGAACAUCUCCAAGCCUCAUACUGCAAACUUGCUCGGAUCGACAUGCGUGUCCUUUGUUUGAAGAAACUCCAAAAACUAGACCUAAGUCAUAAUCAUAUCAAGCAGCUGCCAGCUACUAUUGGUGACCUGAUCUGUCUUCAGGAGCUUAAUUUGCACGACAAUCACCUGGAGUCCUUCAGUGGGGCUCUGUGCAACUCCACCCUGCAGAAGUCUCUUCAGUUCUUGGACCUCAGCCAAAAUAAAAUUAAAGCACUUCCAAUUCAGUUUUGCCAGCUGCGUGAACUCGUUAACCUAAAGCUCGAUGACAAUGAGUUGAUUAGGUUGCCAUUCAAGAUUGGCCAGUUAGAUCAUCUGCGCUUUCUGUCGGCAGCUCGAAACAAACUUCCGUUCUUGCCCAGUGAUUUUAGGAAACUCUGUCUUGAGAACUUGGAUCUCUUUGGAAAUCCUUUUGAACAGCCUAAUCCGCUUGUUCCCAACAUACAACUGAAAAUACCAUUGACUUUAUUAGAGUGCGCAGCAAGAGCAACUAUAAAUUACAGAAUCCCUUAUGGUUGUCAUCUCCUUCCUUCUCACCUCUGCGAAGAUCUGGAAGUGGCUAAAACAUGCCAGUGCGGCAGGGCCUGUCUGAGCAGCUUCAUUCAGAUCACGGUGACCAUGAAUCUCCAUCACGUAGCUCACACCGUGGUCCUCGUGGAUAACAUGGGAGGUACGGAAGCACCCAUCAUCUGCUACUUCUGUUCUCUAGACUGCUAUUCCCAGUUCCUGGACAGGUACCUGCAGAGUAACGGGUGACCAUUAUCGGGCGCAAGAGCUCUGCCUGAAGUUCUGUCCAGUGAUGGAGGAGCCUGAAAUUGUUUUCUGCUUGUUAAUGUCAGUCUUGCAGUGAGGGGGCACUGUCAGCCUGAUCCUGUGGCCUGAUUGUUCCUCCACCACUAGAGUCUCUCUUCGGUUGGAAUAAAGAGCGAUGCUUAGCUUGAAUGAAUCUUUCUUAGAACAUAUUUUGCUUUCUUUUUCCUAUUACUGUGACUUUGUUCGGAGUAUCAUGGCAGUUGUCUUUGCUUUGUGGCGUAAGUGGUUUCUUCUUGCUAGGAGAAGGGAGGUGAACGUGUAUCAAACUGCUUUGCUUACACUUAAGGCUCUGAACUCUGCCGACAGAAGAUGACUGCGUCGGCUUUAUCCCUGGACUGGGCUCUUCCCGACUUGUUUACUUGUAGAGCAACUUGUUAGGCUGCUACGAGAAGAAAUUACGGUGUGAGCAGUGUAAAACUGGUCAUGCAAUUCCAGGUGCUUUUUAAAAAGUUCUAUUCAAGCGUUCUCGCUUCAAGCAGGGACCAGCGUUGCUGGUUUUUUUACCCGAGCAGAUGUUUAUGGGUUUAUCUCUUUGUGAUACAAGAAGUGUCUUUUUCUAAAUAUGUGACCUAAACUUUGUUUCUUAACUCUCAUGUUUUUAAGGUUCUUGAAUUGUUCACUGUGUCACAGCUUAUUAAAUUUUGAAACCCUUC